AUGGCAACACUUCUCAAAAGAAUCUUCACAGCUUUCGAUCCGCCAUCUGCGGAGAAGAAGAGCGAUGCCAUCAAGAUCGGAAUCCUGGGAGCUGCCCGGACAGCCCCCAUGUCUCUUAUUGUGCCCGCAAAAUCCCAUCCCGAGGUUAUUGUACAAGCAAUCUCUGCUAGAGAUCGCACUCGGGCUGAAGAGUUCGCAAAGAAGCAUGGGAUACCCCAGGUGAUCGACUCGUAUCAGGAGAUCCUCGACGAUCCAAACAUUGAUGCCAUCUUCAUCCCACUUCCCAAUACUCUGCACAUGGAGUGGGCCAUGCGAUCCAUUCGCGCAGGUAAACAUGUACUACUCGAGAAGCCAUCAGUCAACAAUGAGGCCGAAGCCGUCAGGCUCUUCAACAUGCCGGAACUGUCGCAGCCCAAUGCCCCUGUCGUUCUCGAGGCCUUUCAUAACCGCUUUCAUCCCGCUGUUCAACUUCUGCACAGCUUUAUCACACCAACAGAUGUGGUGCAUGUUUAUGCGGAUGGAAUGGUGCCAUGGGUUUACACGAGCAAGGACGACAUUGGGUUCAACUACCGUAUGGGUGGCGGUAGCAUGAUGCAUAUGGGCACUUAUUCGUUUGCCAUGAUCCGCGCCAUAUACGACGCCGAGCCCGAAGAAUGCCUAAGCGUUGAUUACAAUGUAUUUGGUGAUGGUGAACACGACAAGUGUGACUACGCUGCCAAGGCGACGUUCCGUUUUCCGAACGGAGGUAUCGCAGAGUCAUAUGGAACGCUGAGGGGGCCACUACUUUGGAAGCCAUCAGAGGUUCGAGUCACGCACAAAGAAGUUGAAGUCGACGAUCCUUCUCUUCCAAAAAACCAAGAAAAGGUGCGCACUCGCCACGUGACGAUGCACGGUUUCAUGCAUGCUGUUGUUUGGCAUCGCAUUGAUGUGAAAGAUUCGUACGCUAUUCGCAACAAGGCGGAUGGUAGCCCGAUCAAGAAGUGGACUGAUUCCAAGUCCUACAAGGCUUACACCUUCAAAGAGGCUGGAGGGGAGUUUGCUAAUCUUCCGGGUGAAGAUUGGUGGAUGUCGUACCGCCACCAGCUUGAGCAGUUUGUGGACCGAAUCAAAGGCCGCGGCACACAAUAUUGGAUCUCUGCCGAUGAUUCUGUCAAGCAAAUGAGGAUGGUCGAUAUGGCAUAUGAGAAGAGUGGAUUGGGACUUCGACCAACUUCUUCUUUUCAAUAA